AUGGCUCCGCCGACUCUUACGACAAGUAAUGGAGCCCCGAUGCCUCGAUACGGACUUACGGCGUCCGCCACUGCUGGAUCCACGGGGCCCAUACUGAUCCAAGACUUCGAGUUCAUCGACCAUCUAUCGCACUUCGACCGUGAACGUGUCCCGGAGCGUGUCGUGCACGCCAAAGGCGGCGGUGCGUUCGGCUACUUCGAAGUGACGCACCCUGAGAUCACGGAAUACUGUUGUGCCAAGAUGUUCUCGGAAGUCGGGAAGCGUACACCAGUAGCCGCUCGGUUUUCCAUCGUGACGGCGGAGUCCGGUAGCGCCGACACGAUUCGAGAUCCGCGGGGCUUUGCGAUCAAAUUCUACACUGAAGAAGGCAAUUUGGACCUCGUGUGCAACAACACGCCGAUCUUCUUCAUCCGCGACCCGAUCCUCUUCCCAAGCUUCAUUCACUCUCAGAAGCGUCUACCAGCGUCGCACUUGAAGGACGCCAACAUGGUCUGGGACUUCUGGUCGCUACGUCCCGAGUCGUUGCACAUGCAGACGUGGUUGUUCUCGGAUCGCGGCAUUCCAGACGGCUAUCGGUUCCUGAACGGAUACGGCAGUAACACGUUUGGUAACGUGAAUUCGGAAGGCAAGCUUACGUAUAUCAAGUAUCAUUUCAAGACGGACCAAGGGAUUCGUAACAUGCCUGUGGAUGAAGCUGCCUUCUUGGCCGGAGCAGAUCCGGAUUACGCGAAUCGUGAUCUGUACGAAGCUAUUGAAGGCGGUGAGUACCCGUCGUGGACGUUGUACAUCCAGACGAUGACUGUCGACCAAGCCAAGAAGCACAAGCACAUCGCGUUUGAUGUGACUAAAGUCUGGCCGCAUGGAGAUUUCCCGCUGAAAGAAGUUGGACGUCUGGUGCUCAACAAGAAUCCACGCAAUUAUUUCGCGGAGAUCGAGCAACUGGCCUUCUCUCCGUCGCACAUGGUGCCUGGAGUCACUCCUUCACCGGACAAGAUGCUGCAAGGCCGCUUGUUCUCGUACCCGGAUACUUUACGUCACCGUCUUGGCAAAAAUUACCAGCAGAUUCCGGUUAAUCGUCCGCUUAAUGAACCGCAGACGUACCAACGUGAUGGCCCGAUGGUAGUGAACGGGAACAUGGGCGAUGCUCCGACGUACUUCCCUAACAGUAUGGGAGGACCGGAGGAAGUUCAAUCGCUUCGCUACGCUACGUACGAUGGCGAACAUACCGUGGUGGACAAGUACUCGUCAUCUUACGACGACAACGUCUCGCAAGUUCAGGUUUUCUACCGUAAGGUGCUGGAUAGUGAAGCUCGUGAACGUCUGACCGAUAACAUCGCGACUUCGCUGGUGAACGCGUCCAAGAAGGUCCGAGACCGCACGUUGGAGAACUUCAAGGAAGUGGACGAACACUACGCUCGACGUGUGAAGGAGAAGAUGGACCAGAUGCUCGCAGCCAAGGAGUCUGUGCCCAAGUCCAAGAAGCACAUUACGGCGCCAUUGAACCCUCCACGCAAGGCGUUCACGCCUGUGGCACCGUAA